GAUGUGUCCCCGGGGUCUGGCUACACUGGUGAGGUUCCCUUGUUGUGGAUGAAAUUCUGUUGAGGAAUUUCCGGAGAUGACUUUCAUUGCAUUUCAUUUAGGGCUUUCGGAUCAUAGUUGAAAUGGAGAAGAACAAGUCACAAAUAAUCCUACUAGAUAAAAAUGGUCUUGAGACAGUGGCAAAAGCACUUUCCUCUGGGUGUUGGACACUAAGUGAAUCAGGAAAUUUUGAAAUAUCGGGAUCUAUUGGAACAUCUUCAGUUCGUGGGAAUGCUCCACAACUGACCCUAGCGCAAGGAAAUGUGCGCCCAGUCACACAAGUUUCAGGUAGUGGCGGAUCUGCUAACAAUCAACCUCAUAUUACUUCUGAAAGAUCAUCCACAUUCCAGCGUGAUAAUUCCCAGGUGAAGACACUUACAGAACUUGGCAAAAAGCUUGUUGCUGCUGCUAAAGUUGGUAACACAAGUCAAGUUCGAAGGUUAAUGGCCAUUGGAGCACCUUUUGCAUCAGUUGGGCCCAUUGGAAUGAGUCCUCUACACUUAGCUGCACAAAAUGGACAUUAUGAAACCUGUGAUCGUCUGUUGUGUGCUGGUAUGAACAAAGAUGCGCGAAAUAAGGUAGAGAAGACACCACUACAUCUGGCAGCUAUGGAGGGUCAUACUGAGAUUGUAUCUUUACUAGUCAAAUCUGGGGCCAACAUUAAUGCCUGUGAUAUGUUAAAAAUGACGGCUCUUCACUGGGCAUGUGAUAGAGGACAUACCUCAAUUGUUAAAUUACUACUCAAGCAGCGUGCUCAAACUGAUAUAGCUAACAAAUUCUCUAAAACACCUUUCCACUUGGCUGUAGAAAAAGGACAUGAAAAUAUUGUUCUGCUACUGCAGAAUGGCAUCAGCUGCAAAGAGGAAGAAGCUGUAGCAGUGGAAUCCAUUUCACUAGACUUGACGCAUGACCUAGACACUAUUCCUGUUGUCUGUAAAACUGAAGAAGUUCAUACAGAGGAGUUGCUUAUUGAAGAAGUUUGCAAGGAGGAGGAAAACAUUCCACAAGUGAACAGCGAAUUACCUCAAUCUAUCAUGGCAGAUGAUGCUGAUGAUCAAAACAUCUCUGUACUGGCAACACUGGCUGAACUGGCACAAGCUACAUCUAAAGGAACAGAAAGUAAUGUAGACAUGUCAAGUGCAACUGCCUUAGAGCUAUUGAAGGCUCAGGCUGCUCUGCUGCCAAUUGAUGACUCUUCAACAUUAGUGACAUCUGCUGUAGCCCAUGGACAAACCCUCCAUCUCACUGAAGCUGGACGACAGGCUUUAAAACUUAUUAAACAAGAACUACCAUUGUUACCAAGCAACACCCUACCACAGGAACUUACUGAGAACGAUAAAGUAAUCAAGAAAUUUAGGUCUAGUAAUACAAAUACCAAAGCUGGAGAGGGAGGAUCAUCACACACAUCAGUUGAGCCAUCCUCAUGCUUACCAGCUUUGUUACGAGCAUCAGAUGCAUCAAUUGCAGAUGAUGAUGAGAGAUAUGAAGAUCAACAAGUAACCCAGGUCAUAACACUGAGUCCAGAGCAAUAUGCUGCUCUCACAGGUGGAACUAAUGGGCCCAUCAUUCUACAGGUGUUACCAUCAGGUGCAGAUGAAGACCACUUUAAUGAAAUAAACAAGAAUCAGAGUCCACCAGCGACAAAGCGCCAGAAAAUUAUGCAGUUGGUCACAAGAGUGGGUCAGGGAAGUUUGGGGCAAAAUCAAGCUUUAGCUAAAGUGUCAGGACAGAAGAGUUCAUCACUAGAGAGAGAGUUGUUUAUUGGUCCUGGACUCUUCUAGUUUGCGGCAGCAUUCACUUUUCAUCCCAGACAGGUGCUGAGUGUAGACAUUCCAAGUGUGAAUCAUCUAUGAGAAAAGUACUGGCAUGCCUUAUGUAAAAAGGCAAUUAAGUUCCUGGAAAAAGACUUGUUAUAUUUAAAUGCAUUAUAUAAACAGAGUAACAAAUGGGGAAAAUAGGGUUACAUUCCCAGUGAUGGCAAAGUUGAACAUUACGUGCAUACUUAUCUCAGAUUGAAAUUGAGUGUGUGUGUGUGUGUGUGUGUGUGUGUGUGUGUGUGUGUGUGUGUGUGUGUGUGUGUGUGUGUGUGUGUGUGUGUGUGUGUGUGUGUGUGUGUGUAA